CUGGGGGGAACUGGGCCUUCACACAGCCUCCUGGGAGAGAGAGGGGUGCCUGAGCUGAUCUCUGAUGAGCGUCUUCUCCUGCAGACCCCACGGAUGCCUCCGCCACGUCCCAGGGAGCCGCAGGGCCCAGCACCAAGCCCCGCGUGAGGCAGCAGAGAUGACGCUGAGCCCCGAGCCGGUGAGCAGGUUCCCCGCCCUGGCUCCGCCGGGCAGCCCCGGGCCCGAGCCGUCCGGUGCCCCCAGUGCAUCCCUCAACAGCUCAUGGGCCGGCCCACCGGAGCCCAGCUCCCCGGACGACCUGGCGGCCACCGGGGCCAUCGGGGCGGUGCUCUCGGCCAUGGGCGCGGUGGGCGUGGCGGGCAACGUGUACGUGCUGGUGGUCACGUGCCGCUUCCUGCGCGCCUCCGCCGCCACGUCCGUCUACGUCAUCAACCUGGCGCUGGCUGACCUGCUCUACCUGCUUGGCAUCCCCUUCAUCGUGGCCACCUAUGUCACCAAGGAGUGGCACUUCGGCGACACGGGCUGCCGCGUCCUCUUCAGCCUGGACCUCCUGACCAUGCACGCCAGCGUCUUCACCCUGACCGUCAUGAGCAGCGAGCGCUGCGCCGCAGUGCUGCGGCCGCUGGACACAGCGCAGCGCUCCAAGGGCCGCCGCAAGAUCCGAGCUCUGGGCACGUGGCUGCUGGCGCUGCUGCUGGCGCUGCCCAUGAUGCUGGCCAUCCGGCUGGUCCGCAGGGGCCACAAGAGCCUCUGCCUGCCCGUCUGGGGCCAGCGCGCCCACCGCGCCUACCUGACGCUGCUCUUCGGGACGAGCGUCGUGGGGCCCGGCGUGGCCAUCGGGCUGCUGUACGUACGCCUGGCCCGGGCCUACUGGCUGUCGCAGCGGGCCUCCUUCCCGCGGCCGCGGCGGCCGCCCGACCCCAGGGUGCUCGACCUCGUCCUGGGUAUCGUGCUGCUCUUCUGGGCCUGCUUCCUGCCCUUCUGGCUGUGGCAGCUCCUCGCGCAGGACCGGGGGGCUCAGCCGCUCACGCCCCGCGCCACGCGCAUCGUCAACUACCUGACCACCUGCCUCACCUACGGCAACAGCUGCGUCAACCCCUUCCUCUACACGCGGCUCACCCGGCGCUACCGGCGCUCGCUCCCCGCCCGGAGAGCCGGCGGGCCCUGUGCCGGCCAGUUCCUGCCGUGCCGUGUCCAUUUCCAGCGUGGCUCCGGCCGCCCGCUGUCCUCCAGUGGCCAGCGGGCCACCGAGACUGCCACAGUGUCCUGGGGGACUCCAGAGCGGUCUUCACCUGAGUGUCCUGCGGCCCCACGUGAACCCUGGGGUCGAGGGCGGGAGGCGGCCUGAGUGCUGCAGGGAAGGGCCCCAGAAUGCAGGCUGCCCCCCGAGCCCCUCCUAUGUCCCCAUCGCCCCCGUAACUUAGUCUUCUUCCAGAAAGUUCCCUGCUCGCCCUUCUGCAUGGCUCAUUUCAGCCUCAUCAGCCCAGCCACCUUCCUCGUGAUGCCCAGAAGGCCCCACACCCAGACCACCUAGGAGGGUCUGUGGGAGGCUCAGGCCCAGAACAAGGUUCUGAAGAUCAAAGCAAGUCGAGUCUCCACCACCCACAGCAGUGGACAUGCGUGCCGGCCAGUGCCUGCUGUGAGCCGUGACGGCACUCUCCUCUCCUGGCUGCGGUGUGGUCCCUGUGGCACCAGCCCCGUCCCUGUCCCUGCCUGUGUUCCCGACCCUUCUGCACAGUGUCAGCGUUGGAACAAUAAACCCUGA